AUGAUGGCUAUUAGGGCUAUUGUUUUGAUAGCGUUCUUCGUAGUUUCAUUAAGGGCACAAGAAGAGGAGACGGAAAAUACUGAAAAUUUGGGAACGGAAAAUGAUUCACUUACGGAGGAACCCAACUAUGGAUAUUCGACUCAUGAGAAUGAGCCUCCUACGACUUCCACUACCACUCCGGAACCGACAACUACUACGCCAAAGGAAACAACAACAACCACACAACAACCCAUUGUACCGAAUGAAAGGCCCCCAGACUACUGGUACCAUUUGGCGAAAGAACGAUUUGAACACGAUUGUCAAAUGUUCCCCACGAUGAAAAAUGGUAAAAGAGCAAAGAAUGUAAUUCUCCUACUCGGUGAUGGAAUGGGAAUGCCAACCAUCUCUGCAGGACGUUUUUAUGCGGCUCAGCAAUUCGGUCUUAAUGGAUCAAUCAAAAAGCAUCCAUUUGAGGAGUGGCCUUACAAUACUAUGGCCCGAACCUACGAUUUGGAAACUUCUGUCACUGACUCGGCCAGCUCUGCCACUGCCUAUUUGACUGGCACGAAAACGCGAACUGGAAUGAUUGGGAUUAAUGGGGCGGUCGGUGUCAAGCAGUGCGGUGUUUGGGAUAAAUUUUACUACUCGGAAUCCGUUUUAGAAGCUGCUCAUAAUGCUGGAAAGGCAACCGGUGUCAUGACAAACACUAGAAUAACGCAUGCAUCGCCCAGUGGUUGCUAUGGUCAUGUCAGUUAUCGAGACAUGGAGAGUGAUGCGGACCUUAAAAAGUUUUGCCCACAUAAUUAUCAAGAAAUGAAAUGCCAGGACCUAGCCUGUCAACUGAUCCAGGACCACCCCUACAUCAACGUUAUGAUAGGCGGAGGGCAAAAGAACUUUUAUCCCAACAAUGUCACACUUCCGGCCGAUAAAAAAAUGAAAGGAGUGAGAUUGGAUGGACGAAGUCUUGUCACGGAAUGGGAAGAUCUUCAGAAGAGCAAAAAACAAAAAUACUGCCUUGUGAGCAAACCAAGUGACUUGGCGUUAUGCGAUGCUUCAAAGGUCGAUUACCUCUUGGGGUUGCCCUAUCCGGAUCACAUGCCAUUCAACCACAUGGUGGACUGGGGCGACCCAAACCUUCUGGGAUACGUGCGUAAGGCGAUAGAAGUGUUAAGUCACCAACCAAAUGGCUACUUCCUUUUCAUCGAAAGUGGUCGCAUUGAUCAUGCCCACCACAAUAAUGAGGGCCGUCGAUCUCUCGACGAGAUGAAGCACUUCGAUGAAAUCAUCGCUUACAUUGAGAACACGGUCAACUUAGAGGAGACUCUUGUAAUUGUGACUGCGGACCACUCGCAUGCCUUUGAACUGGUUGGACAACCAGGUCGCUUCCAGAGCGCAAUCGGUCUUGACCAGUAUUACAGUAAUAAUACCAAUGACCACAUGCCACUUCAAGGCUUGAACUACAUGAAUGGACCCAAUGGAUUGAUUAAUGAGUCUCGAAAAAAUCCAGGCGUCCUAGACAUCUAUUCAUGGACGUACAUGCAACAGGCUUUGGUGCCCCUUCCAUACGCCUCGCAUGGAGGUGACGAUGUUGGUGUCUACGCCAUCGGACCGAUGUCGCCCAUCUUCCAUGUGACUGUUGACAAUACAAUGAUUGCACAAGCCAUGAAGUUGAAAGUCAUUUGUCUUAUCGCUAUGAUUGGGUCGGCAUUCAUAUACGCCAUUCUUUUGCAAGUAGCUCUUGCUGAGGUGGAGCUGCCUCGCGUUCCUCUUCCUUACCCCCCGUUUACAAUUAAGGAAGAGGAGAUAAGUCCAAAAUACUGGGAGAAUUUAGCACGCAAGGAAUUUGAUCGGGCAAAUCGACAGUUCCCUGAUUGGUUUAAGGCUGCCAAGAAGGCUAAAAAUGUCAUUCUCUUCCUUGGUGAUGGUAUGGGCAUUCCUACGAUAGCAGCCACCAGAUUCGAUCAAAACUAUAAUAGUGGCAUACCCGCUAAACACGCAUAUGAAGACUGGGAAUUUGGUACACUCUGUCGAACCUACGAUCUCGAGACCAUGGUCACUGACUCUGCCUCAUCAGCAACCGCCUAUCUCACAGGCACCAAGACAAGGACGUCGAUGAUUGGCGUUACAGGGGCGGUGCUAGUAAAGCAAUGCAGUUUCUACACAGAUUCCGAGAAGACAGAAUCAGCUCUCACGGCUGCCGAGAAGGUUGGAAAGUGGGGAGGCAUCGUGACAACGUCCAGAAUCACACACGCUUCCCCCUCUGGUUGCUUUGGUCACGUGGCUUACCGAAACUGGGAGUCAGAUUCAGAUUUGCCCAACAAAUGUGCUCCUAAUUGUGGUUGCACGGAUUUGGCCUAUCAACUGAUAAAUGAGCAUCCGGACAUUCACGUUAUGAUGGGUGGAGGUCAGCGGAAUUUCUAUCCAGAGGGAGUUAGCUUGCCAUCAGAACCCGACAAAAUAGGCAAACGGGUAGAUAGAGUAAACCUCGCCGAGCUUUGGGUCGAAAAGCAGAAGAAAUUGGGCCGCAACUACGUCUACGCUGAUAGUCCCAAAACAUUUAAUGAAACUGACUUCGGCAAAUAUGAUUAUGCGCUAAGUUUACUCAGUGCGUCACACCUUCCUUAUGAGUUGGACAAGAAGCCAGGCAACCCAAGUCUCUACGAAAUGACUUUGGCUGCCAUCAAAAUUCUGAAAAAGAGUCCCAACGGGUUCUUUUUGUUCGUGGAAGGUGCUCGAAUUGAUCAGGGCCAUCACGAAAAUCACGCAAAGAAAUCCUUUGCUGAGAUGCAUGCAUUCAACAGGACUAUACAUGCAGUGUUUCAGGACAAGGAUCUCACAGACACACUACUUAUUGUCACUGCUGACCAUUCACAUUCCUUUGAGUUGGUGGGCCAGCAGAGCCGCUUUAGAUCUCUCUUUUCUCAGGACUUAAUAAAGGGUUCGAUGACAAUGGAUCAUAAAGGUAUGCUUCCAAUUGGCUACAUGACCGGACCUGGAGCAAAAAUGAAUGAGACAAGGGAAAACGUUACAGCUAUGAACGACACAUACCUCAAUGACAAAGAGACGCAGCUUCAAGCUCUCAUACCAAUCAACUGGUCAACUCAUGGUGGUGAUGAUGUGGCAGUAUAUGCAAAUGGCCCAUUCAGUUACCUCUUCCAUUCAACAGUUGAGAAUACCUUCAUUGCCCAGGCUAUGAAAUAUGCCAUGUGUGCUCCACCCUAUGAAAAUGAGCCAUUCUGCGUUGCCUGCGGCCUAAAAGCCUCUCUCUUCGCCAUGAUAGGACUGGUCUUAUGGUGUCUUUUUAACUAA